CGAAAACGUGAAACCCUAAUUUCAAUCCUCCGAAACAAAGAUGACGAAGGACUUCGCAAUCCCACCCGUAGUCUUCCCCUCCGGCGGAUCCACAUCCAACCCCAACGUCCAGCAACGCCGCUUCCCAACCGCUCCCUUCCAACCCCCACGCCCCUCCUCCUCCGCGAUCCCCUUCAUGUCCUUCGACAUCGGAUCCGCCGCCGCUUCCUCCACCGCCCCCUCCGGACCAUUCACCGGAACCUUAAACUCCUCCGCAUCCUUCGGCGGAGGAGGCGGCGCAUCCUCCUUCGAAGACGAGGAGCCUCUCCUCGACGAGCUCGGGAUCCACCCCGAUCAGAUCUGGAAGAAAACCAGAUCCAUCCUCAACCCCUUCCGAAUCAACCAAUCCGUCCACCACGACUCGGAUCUAUCCGGUCCCAUCUUUCUUUAUCUAGCUCUCUGCCUUUUUCAGUUACUCGCGGGGAAGAUUCAGUUCGGAGUGAUAUUGGGGUGGAUCGUGGUUUCGUCGAUAUUUCUUUACGCGGUUUUUAAUAUGCUUGCAGGGAGGAACGGGAAUUUGAAUCUGCACACGUGUACGAGUUUGGUUGGGUAUUGUUUGCUACCGGUGGUGAUUCUGUCUGCUGUUUCGUUGUUUGUGCCGCAGGGGGCGGGGGCGGUUAGGUUUGUUGUGGCGGGGGUGUUUGUGCUUUGGUCCACGAGGGCGUGCUCGGCGCUGGUUGUUUCUUUGGCGGAUGGUGGGGAGGAGCAUCGUGGGUUGAUUUCGUAUGCUUGUUUCUUGAUCUAUACGCUUUUCUCUCUUCUUGUUAUAUUUUGAUGAUUUUAAGGGAAUAUUGAUAGUUUUUUUUUUUAAUUGUGAAGCUUUUGAUGGAGAUUAAGUGAGAACUAAUGGUAUGAUAUAAAAGUUGUUUGAUUUUGUGGUGGGAAUAGUGGAGCGAUGUGUAAAGGCUUCUCUUUGUUAUGGGGGAAACAUGUUUAAUUUUGAAUUUAAUGUUUGUAUUUUUUUCGACUUGAGGAUUAUAUUUACAGAGUUUAUCAAUGUGUUGUCUUUAUUUCGUAGACAGUGUGUUUUUGAUUCUUGGAUUUAGAUUUUGUGGAAGAGUAUCUGGAUGAGAUUACAUGCGGACAA